GAGACCAUUCGGGUCGGUUGGUUCGUUUCGUUUUGUUUCGUUUCGUGUUGUCGAUCGAUCGACCAAGAGGAGAUCGCUUUGGAGAAAUUGCUUCUCUUCAAGCUCACCCGAAUCAAGCUAAGGGUGCCACUACCUUGAGGUGCGCGCGCGGUUGAAGUCUGAUUCGCUCAAAAGAAAGUGCUUUCGCGUAGCGUUUGGUUCAUGCGAGUGUGCGGGCGCGGAAAAAGAAAGUCGUCUCUCCGCAGACGUUGGCUGUUUGUAGUCACCGUCUCGUUGGGUCUGUUUUGUUGAUUCACGCGCGGAUUUAGCUCAGCAUCGUCGUAUACACAGAAGUGCAACAGCUUCAACAGAUCCAGAGAAGAAAAAAAAAUCCGUGUUGGAAUUUGUCGACCAUAUGUGAUAAGUGGUGUUUAAGCCAGUGUUUCCAUACAAAGUGUUCUAGAAGAAAUUUCUACAACAGUUCAAGUUCAAGACAUCCUACUGAUAAGGAUUCAAUUUCCCUCCAAUUUUUGAGAGUUUCUUUGAACGAUGAUGAAAAACGUAGGGUGGAGAUUACCCCCCAGGGGUGGAACGGCGACUUCGUCUUCGUCCCGUGGAAAGCUGAUGGCGAUGUGGAUGCUGAUCGGUUACGCACUGAUUCUGCUGCUGGCGAUGCAAGGAGUCAAUGGGUGGAGUUCAACAGUUGAAAGAGAAAGUCGCAAGCUUUUCGGAGGAUACCGGAUAACGCCAAAGUUUUGUAAUGCCACGAGAUCAUUGCUGAAACGUGAUUCGCAAAGGCGUGGGCCCACGAUUUGCAUGUUCAAUCACGAGUGCUUCCAGCGGCAGGGAGAGGUUGUCGGAGCCUGUAUGGAUGGAUUUCUUUUUGGAACCUGUUGCGAGUUGCCACUGACAGAUGAUAUAGCCACGGUGACGGAUUCGUUGUUCGAGCAGUUUAAUUUCACGGAUUCGACCGAGAGUCCUUCGCAGAGUCCAUUGAGCUCAGCCAUCGCUAGUCAGUAUGAAAAGUUCGGAAGUCAACUCUCCAGCAGUGGGACAGGAUACGGACCAACUGGAUCGUACGAGCCUGUUAAACUGGAGCUGCCAGGCAAAGAUGGAGGAAUAAGCUUAAGUUCGUCCAGUGCUUCCAGUGUUUCGAGUGGAAUCAGUGCAGUCGCCAGUGAUAAAACUUUGUACAACAAAUAUGAGAAUAAUUACAUCACAAAUGAAGAUCUGGACGAAGAUAUUAUGCAGAGCAGCUUGAAUUCGCACAAGUAUCAAAUGGCAGAUGAUUCGGUAGCAGUUUAUUCUCCAUCCACUUCGAAUAUCAAAUCGGAAGAAAUUCAGCUCUCGUCAACUCCAGCUACCCCAGGGCAACAAAGUGAUGUUAACUAUGUUAAAAUUGAAAAUCUUAAUAAACAUGUGUAUAGUUCAGAGAUCCCUUCUUCAUUGAACUUGUAUACGGAGAGUUUGUCUGAUAACACAGGCCCAGCAGCUUCCAUGGAAACAAGUACCGAUAUCACAUCCACUGGAGUUCAGCAGAUUGCAAAUCAGAUCUACCAGGAGAAUCAACUCUUCGAUCAUAGCGACAUUACUCAUCCAGAGGCUGAGACAGAUUUAUUCAACGAGAACGGUGCCAUUGACCAGAGCUAUGCCAAUCCCAGCGACUUUUCCAACACGAACGUUGCAACCGAGGUGCUGACUACUGAAAAACCUGCCAAAACUUCAUACCCAAAGCCACAGUUCAAACCUAAACCAAAACCGACUCAAGCAACCGAACCUAACAACUACAUUCUUGUACAUACCAUUUCCACAGACUCCAAAGAUAAUGAAAACCAAACAACCAAACCGACCGUAUCGGCUAACAACAUUCAUUCUAUCGAAUCCAUAAUCCUCAUGUUGAAUGAUACGAAUCUUGGACCGCAGUAUGAAACUGACUCUGAGACGAAAACUACCGAAAACACCGAAACUCAAAAAAUACCGGAGACAAGCUCACCACCAAGCUACUCAACCAGCUCGAUUGACUAUGAUAAAUACGGCUCAACUAGUUUCUACAUUACUAAACCCCAAAAAACCAACCCACCUACCACCUCAUUAACCACUAAGGUCCCUUCGACCAGCUACGUGUACAGUCCAAAGCCCACAAGACGGCCCAUACUGGAACCGGUUGUUGUUCAAGCUACUUUACUAACAAACGGAUACGGCACCACAGCUGUGACUCAAAAAGAUCCAGCUGUUGCCGUAUCGACAAUCCGUCCACCACCAAACAAAAUUGUUGUCACAGCUGGUCCAGCCAAACGACCCGUCCUCAUCACUAGCGAAGGAGAGCACGUCGUCACAUCUGGAUUCUACACUUCAUCGGUUGGAACAUCUUCAGAACCUGUUGCAAUCUCAACUGUCCAACCGACUAAGAAAGUAACAACAUCUCCAACUAGCAGACCCAACGGACCCACAACUGUCAAGCUGCCCGAAUACGUAGUCCAGUCUUCAACGCUGUCUCAUCAAUCACCAUCAACAAUCGGUAACGUCAACUACGCAAACGUUGCCGGAAUUUCCAACAGCCCAUCGCCAACAGUUCACAUCACCCCUAAGCCGGUACCUGGCCUCGUGACCUCAAGCACCUGGAACAACAAACACACCAGUCCAUUGGCCAGUCAGAGACCUGGUUUCUACGAAAAUACUCCACCUGCAGUCUACGUCUCAUCCCUUGCCGAUUUCGAAGAUGAGGGAUACUUUGCAGUUACCAAACGACCAUCUGCUGGACCAACCGUAUCAUCAACAGCCAUCUACACCAUCGUAGAUAACGGAAAUGUGAUAGGAAACUUUGCUUCUUCAACCUUCUCCCCUUACGGACCUACUCCAUCUUACACGAACAACAACCGACUUCCCCCAAGCGUUCAGGCUGGACAAAUCUUCAUUGCUCAACCCAUUGAAUCAUCGACCCUCAAAAAUGAACUCUACACCACACCCGACGACGUCAACAAUUUCCCUCCGGUGCGUAACCCUAACCUCAAUCUGACCGAUUCCACCGUAAUGUCCAACAUCACUAAAAUAGAGAACGACAAUUUCUCCGGAGUGAAAGAUGACGAAAAAAUCAACAUGCUAGUGAAUAAAAUUGUCGAAACGUUCAACGGCAACUUUGACGAACUGGAAGCCAUCCUCAAGGAACGGAAAAAUUUAACCUCAACUGAUGUGGAUCCAACCAAAACCACCCAAAAGGAUAGUCUCACAAGCACCACUGCGAAACCUGUAACCAAAAAGAAGAAGAAGCGCCCAAGUGGAAGCAAAAAACCAUCCAACGGCACUACCACAUCAACCGGAGUCAAGAAGCCGACCACCGCCAAGCCAACAGUGAUCCUCCAGGACGUAGAACCAACCUCAGUCAAACCUUCACCAAAACCUUCCAAAAAACCAACCAAAGUUAAGCGACCUAGCAACUCUACCAAACCAUCCACAUCAUCUUCCUCCAAACCAGUACCAACGACGGUUCUCUCGGAUCAAGUGAAGCCUUCGAAACCAUCGUCCUCAAGCAGCACCGGCACCAAACCGAAACCUUCCAGCUCCUCAUCGACCCGACCGAAACCAACCAGUGCCUCGAAACCAUCGGCCGAUGACAAACCGAGCGCAGCAACCACCAAGAAACCGGUCCGAACGUCAACCUCCAAGAAACCCUCAGGCCAGAAGAAACCCACCACACGGCCAACGAUAGCUGAUGCCGAUCCGGCAGCGAUCACCACCCGCAAACCAUCCAAGGCGACGAAGCGUACGACCAAACGACCGACGACGACGACGACCAGCACCACAACGACCAGUACCACCACGACGCCGGCGCCGGAGGACGAAAUCAUCGACGAGGAGGAGAACGCCAUCGACGAGGAGGAUGAGGAGGACGAGGAUGUUGGGGAGGAGACCAACGAGGAAGGCUCGGACGAUCAGGCCCAGGGACCGCGGAAAAUACUGUGCGGUCAGAGACCACUGAUGAAGAGCGGCCGGGUGGUCGGAGGCAAGGCGGCCAAGUUCGGCGAAUGGCCCUGGCAGGUCCUGGUCCGGGAAUCGACCUGGCUUGGACUGUUCACCAAGAACAAGUGCGGCGGGGUGCUGAUCACCAACGAAUACGUCAUCACGGCUGCCCACUGUCAGCCAGGCUUCCUGGCGUCGCUGGUGGCAGUGUUCGGGGAGUUUGACAUCUCCAGCGAUCUGGAGACGAAACGAUCCGUUACCAAGAACGUGAAACGAGUUAUUGUACAUCGACAGUACGACGCAGCUACAUUUGAGAACGAUCUUGCCAUUCUGGAACUGGAAAGCCCGAUUCACUAUGAUGUCCAUAUAGUACCCAUUUGCAUGCCAGGAGAUGACGCAGAUUUCACCGGCCGAAUGGCCACCGUGACCGGCUGGGGACGAUUAACGUACGGCGGAGGCGUGCCAUCAGUGCUGCAAGAAGUUCAGGUUCCGGUGAUAGAAAACAGUGUCUGCCAGGAGAUGUUCCACAUGGCAGGACACCAGAAGAAGAUCCUGCCGUCGUUCGUCUGUGCCGGUUACGCGAACGGCAAACGAGAUUCCUGUGAGGGUGACAGCGGCGGUCCACUGGUUCUUCAACGUCAGGACGGCCGCUACGAGCUGGUAGGCACUGUGUCCCACGGCAUUCGAUGUGCUGCCCCGUACCUGCCCGGUGUCUACAUGAGGACCACCUUCUACAAGCCAUGGUUGAAAUCUGUCACGGGAGUUAAGUAGAAAAUCCACCCAAAACCUUGAAGGAAUUCCUCCAGAGAGAAACGUCGCAGAAAUUGCUCCCUGAAAAUCUGAUUAUUGGGAAGAUGGAGGAAAAAGACCACACCGGAAGAAGCGCGGAAGCAGAGUUGAGUUUUAUCGUGGCGAGGGAUGGGAUCUUGUAGGGGACCUGAUUGUAGAGACGGAUACCAAUCGCCGGAUAAUUUAAUUUGAAUCGAUGGGAUUUUUUUUCGCGAGCGCGGUUGUUAGUUUAAGCUUUCAAUUGAGAGUGUUUGUGUGCCCGGUGGGUGGAUGAAUGAGUUUACUUUCGAAAAACGGGCGUUUAUGAGCCAUUGUAUUUUGUUAUCAGUUGUUGAAAGUCCAAGCAAUUCAUUAAACCGUACUUCUUGGGACCAGAAUUAAAGGAAAAGUUGUAUGAGAGUGCGUGUUUUUGGUGAAUGUGUAGGAAUGUCAUUCCGUAGAUAGUUACGUUUUAGGGAACAAAUUGCAAUAAUUUAUCUAGCACCGUGAGAUGGAUGUGAUUUGGAGUCAUUGUUAAGGUUAAUUUAUUAUUGUUGUUAGUAUUUAAAUUAUUUAUUGGCUAGCGAGUAAGUGAACGAGAUGAAUGACAAGAGGAAUCUACAACAACAACAAUAACAACAAAUACUACUACAAUAAAAUGUUAAGCGAACGGAUAUGUAGGGGUGUAAAAAUGUGAUUAUUUUAAUUUAUU